ACCUUCACACCAACACACUCCUGAUCUUCAUCAACAUCAUAAGUAUCACCCAUGUCAGCUCCUGCCAUGUUGCCACUGUUGUCAUCUGUUGGAGAAAUACAUUCUUCUGCUCAGUUCACUCUGCUGGUUUUUUUUCAUUUGGAGUUAGCUGAUGCAGCGAAACUACCAAUAGCAGGUAAUUGUAGGCCUCAUUGUUAUAUUACUGAGGCAUCUGCCAGGACAGCUGUCUCACUUGACUUGACACAGAUUAAUGCUUUUUCCACUACAUUUUUUAAAGUUUAUGUAUGUCAUGUCUUAGCUGUAUACUAUCAGUAGCUCCUUUCAUCUAGCUCAGGGAUGGCAACUUUGAUUAGGGUGGGGGCCACAAAAAAAUCUGAACUCAUCAAGAGGGGCCAGGUAGGCCAGUUGAGAACAAGUUCUCAUUUACAAUUAAACACUGAAGUGAAAGAUGAAUGUGCAAGUAGAGAUACAGGGGUGCAAAGGAGCAAAAAAUAAAUAACAAUAUGGGGAUGAGUUAGUUGGUGGGCUAUUUAUAGAUGGGCUAUGUACACAUAGCAGUCAGAGUUGGCCCUAGCCUUUUGGGGGACCAAAGUGGAAUUUAGGGCAAAACAUUUUUGGGGUCCCCCACUUGACAGCGCAGAGGAAAAAUGUGCGAGUUAAUUUCCUGCAAUUCUACACAUUAUGCCAUGGGGUGUAGAGAAAAUUGUGCAUUUUAAGGCAAGUUUCCUGCAAUUGUACACAUUUUGCCAUAGGACAGAGAUUUUAUUUGCGUUUUUUAAUAUGAUCUCUGAGUGAGAGUGACUAACAAAAUCAAUGGGGGUCCAAUGGUCGGGAAUUUAACCAUGGUUACUACAAGUUUAGAUAGCUGGCUAGACUUAUUUACCAAUCUAAAAAAUGUCAGCUGACAUGGGCUAAUUGAUUGACUGACAUAACAAGAUAAAAACUGCUGGUGCGCAACCAAAUUUGUAAAUUGUACCUUGUGUAUUCUACUAUUCUGGCUCUCAACAGUAAGUUGACACCCCGACUGAGUUCCUAAAAGAAAUAUACACAUUACCAGUCAAAAGUUUGUACACACCUACUCAUUCAAGGGUUUUUCUUUAUUCUUACUAUUUUCAAAUAAAAUCAAACUUUAUUUGUCACAUGUGCCGAAUACAACAAGUGUAGACCUUACCAUGAAAUGCUUACUUACAAGCCCUUAACCAACAGUGCAGUUCAAGAAAUAGCAAAAAAAUAUUUCCCCAAAAAACUAAAGCAAAAAAUAACAAAAAGUUACACAAUAAGAUAACUAUAACGAGGCUAUAUACAGGGGGUACUGGUACCGAGUCAAUGUGCGGGGGUACAGGUUAGUCGAGGUAAUUUGUACAUGUAGGUAGGGGUAAAGUGACUAUGCAUAGAUAAUAAACAACGAGUAGCAGCAGUGUACAAACAAAGGGGGAGGGGGUGUCAAUGCAAAUAGUCCAGUGGCCAUUUGAUUAAUUGUUCAGCAGUAUUAUGGCUUGGGGGUAGAAGCAGAGAAAACAAUCUGACUUGGGCAACGAGUCUCUGACAAUUAUUUGGUCUUUCCUCUGACACCGCCUACUAUAUUCAUCCUGGAUGGCAGGAAGCUUGGCUCCAGUGAUGUACUGGGCCGCACGCACUACCCUCUGUAGCGCCUUACGGUCAGAUGCCGAGCAGUUGCCAUAACCAGGCGGUGAUGCAACUGGUCAAGAUGCUCUGGAUGGUGCAGCUGUAGAACUUUUUGAGGAUCUGAGGACCAUGCCAAAUCUGUUCAGUCUCCUGAGGGGGAAAGGGUCUUGUCGUGCCCUCUUCACGACUGCCUUGAUGUGUUUGGACCAUGAUAGUUUGUUGGUGAUGUGGACACCAAGGAAUUUGAAACUCUCGACCCGCUCCAUUACAGCCCCGUCGAUGGGAAGGGGGGUGUUCAGCACUCCUCUUCCAGUAGUCCACGAUCAGCUCCUUUGUCUUGCUCACAUUGAGGGAGAGGUUGUUGUCCUGGCACCACACUGCCAGUUCUCUUACCUCCUCCCUAUAGGCUGUGUAGUAACCUGGUAUAUUUAUGUUUACAAAUAGAUGGCAGUAUUGACUCAAGACGGGGGGUUUGCUUCCCGCUAUCCGUAGCUAUUUCCUAUGUCUGCCUAUAUUACCAUGAUUAAGAAAGCUUCAGAGGAAGUUUAAGCCAGGUGCCUAAAAUGAUGUAAAUCUAAGUUACAAUUAAAUACUAAACCGUAUGUAAGUCUCAUGAGUCGUAAUUCUAAGAAGCCUUUAGGGAUACUACAUAUUUGGCGAUGAGGAUAACUAUGGAAAACUGCGUUGGAUUUUUUUUGCCACGAAGUUAACGGAGUGUUUGGCGUGCGACGCGGGAGGUGAGACUCAAGUGAACGGUGGAAGAUCUGAAGGAUUGAUUCCCUGGAUACCGGUAGGACAAAUUAAUGACUGUGUGAGGGGAGAAAGAAUCGGAAAAGAUGGCUUUGGCAACAAUAGGCUCGCUAACACCAUUUGAUCCUAAAAAUCAGGAAUGGGAGGAGUACUGUGAAAUAAUGGAACAUUUCUUUGCUGCUAAUGAAAUAACUGAUGCCGCUAAACAGAAAUCCAUACUCAUAAGCGUUGUCGGUGCACAGACGUACAGCUUAAUGAGAAACCUGUUGAGCCCAGAUAAACCAGGAGAAAAGUCAUUCAUAGAUUUAGUCGAGUUAUUAAAAAAUCACUUCAACCCCAAACCCAGUGAAAUAGUACAAAGAUUCAAGUUUGAUUCACGCAUGAGAAAACCUAUCGAAUCAGUGGGGGAAUAUGUGGCUGAGUUGAGAAAACUAGCAUUGGACUGUAAUUAUGGGAAUACACUAUCGCAAAUGCUACGCGAUCGGCUGGUGUGUGGGAUUAAUGAUGACAGGAUACAAAUACGAUUGUUAUCAGAGCCUAAUCUCACGUUUGAGAAUGCACUCAAACUGGCCCAGGCCAUGGAGUCCGCAAAUAGAAAUGCACUGGAUUUGCAGGCAAGGGGCGCAACUGCGUGCCACACAGUAAAAGAGAGCAGCGCUGAGCGCGUAGAAUUUCAAAGAACAGAAAGCCGUGGGGCAGCAGCCAAUAGAGAUUGUUAUCGUUGCAAAGGCAAACACGCAGCGUUUGACUGUAAAUUCAAACACGAAAAGUGUUAUGCAUGUGGGAUAAUAGGCCACAUUGCGAGGGCGUGCCGCAAUAAAAAAAAAGCCACGAGCUGUAGAAAAGAGGACGGACAGAAAACCGAAUACCUCCAGACGCUCUAGCUA